AUCCCCCAAUCCAUCACCAACCAACACAGCAUCUCCAAACUCCCACGCCUACCAAAACGAAUAUUUCCGUGUGAUAAACAAAGCCCCAUCCCCCGGCUGCAUCCGCGACGCACUUGUACCGUACCCUCGACCCAAACAGCGGUCGGAUUACACAUCUCCCCCACCCCAACAACGCUCCGCCGCGAGCUUAUAAACGCCAUGUCAACACCACGCACCGUCUCUCUCUUCCCGCGCGCCCUCCCCCACACCUCCCGCGCCCUCACAACCUCCCCACGAACUGUCUUCCGCGCCGGCCCCCGCCGUCUACCUCUCGCAUACAGGCCAUACUCCUCCACACCCACCUCAGCGGCCGCCCCCGCCCAACCCGCCGAGGGUGCGCUAUCGCACCUCUCCCCUGCCGAACACCGCAUCCACGCCACCCUCUCGUCGAGCCUAUCGCCUUCCUCGCUACACGUCCAGGAUAUCUCGGGGGGGUGCGGGAGUAUGUUCGCGAUUGAGGUUGCGAGUAGCGCGUUUAGUGGGGUGGGAAUGCUAGCGCAGCAGAGGAUGGUUAAUAAGUUGCUCAAGGAGCAGAUGGAGGAGGAGGGGUGGCAUGGGGUGCAGAUUAAGACUAGCGCUACUGCUUGAGUUGGUGGCGGAAGAGAUGUAUAAUAGAUUUGGAGGCGGAGAGGUGUACAAGAAAAAGAUGGAAAACUAGCGGGCCAGCUAGGGACGGCUGUAUUUAUAACUAGACUGUCGAGUGUAUACUGAAAUUGCUCAUGAAUAAUGCAGAUGGUUACUCUAACAGU